AACGCGCGAAUGUCAUGACUCUAUUGGCAUCCCUGCGUGAGUUCGAUCGAGAGUCAUUUGCAUCUCGAUAUUAUCUCUUUUAACCUCCUUCGGAGGCCCGGUAACCAGUGAAAAAAAUCAGAAUAAUCGCGGAAGGAUUUUUCCGAAUAGUCGUGAGUUGACUUUUCGUCGAUCGCUCGGCCCAUCGUUCACCGACUAGCCCACGAUCCUUGGCACACCGCAUCUCUGACCAACAUGGCGGCAACAUUAGGUCGGAUUUGUAAAUCGGGUCUUUUAAGGCCAAAUUACGGCACCCUGAUCGGCCAGACCAGCAAUUUUUCUACUGUGAAAGAUUGGCCUAGGGGUCGAAAAGUGUUAUUAACAUGCUUAGGCAUAACAGCCGGAGGCAUCAGUGCCCUCAUUUAUGCUUUAGAUAGCUCAGUAAGAGCUGCCGAUCUAAUAGCUCAUCCUCCAACAUACAAAUGGGAUUUUUAUGGAUGGUUUAAUUCACUAGAUCAUGCUAGUAUGCGACGAGGAUGGGAAGUCUACAAAAAUGUAUGCGCAGCUUGUCACAGUUUGCAAUAUGUGGCAUACCGUCACCUUGUUGAUGUUACUCACACUGAAGCAGAAGCCAAAGCUCUUGCGGAAGAAGUUAUGGUAGAAGAUGGCCCUAAUGAUAUAGGAGAAUAUUAUAAACGUCCAGGAAAGUUAUUCGAUUACGUGCCAUCUCCAUAUCCAAAUGAAGAGGCUGCUAGAGCAUCGAAUAAUGGUGCUUAUCCACCUGAUUUAUCGUAUAUACUGAAUGCCAGACAUGAUGGAGAAAACUAUAUUUUCUCUUUAUUGACUGGAUACUGUGAUCCACCAGCUGGUGUAAAUUUGAGAGAAGGACAAUAUUUUAAUCCAUAUUUCGUAGGUAGUGCCAUUGGUAUGGCACAAGCUAUUUAUGACGAAGUCUUGGAAUAUGAAGAUGGUACUCCUGCCACUGCCUCUCAAGUAGCAAAAGAUAUUACCACAUUCCUAAUGUGGACUUCCAAUCAUGAAUUCGAUGAUCGAAAAAGAAUGGCUAUCAAGGCUAUUGGAAUACUGGCAAUUCUCACUGUUGCUUCAUAUUAUAUCAAGAAACAGAAAUGGACGACUGUAAAGAGCACAAAAAUAAUGUUUAUUCCUAAAAAAUACAAUUAGCUAUUGUGCUAGAAAUUAACUUGGCGAUGUUAGCUAUUGUGCUGAUAUUGGAAUGUAGUUUCGCAAUGUAUCUGGCAAGUUAUGCAAUUAUGGCUCCUCUGAAGA